AUGCCCCCGCCCCUUCGUAUUUGCAUUUGUGAGGGUUGCAUUACUUCUGACAAAAGAGGAAUUGCCGGAGUUAAUGUGAUUUGCAGUAUUGAUAGACAAACUAACCGGUUUGUUGACUUCUUUCACACGGAACUAUAUCCUGACUACGGAGAAAUAGUUCGUCUUGUUGAGGACAUAGAGGCCCUUCAUACACACCAGAAUAUGGUUAGUCUUCCUACCAUCCAAUACUACUAUGCAUUUGCUUUGAAUCGUCGCAACGGCAAGGGUGACCGAGAGAAGGCCCUGAAGGUGAUCAACGAGGUACGCACCCCCCAGUAA